AUGUGCAGCAUCCUGGUCAACAUUGCCAAGGUUGAUUUUGGGCAACCCGACGAGAACGACGAAGAUCUGCGUGUUAUACACUCUCAAUUCAACCAUGGGGUGAAGGUGGCGGAGAAGCAUUAUGGUCUACAAUCUAACGAUGCAAUCCCUCAGAUUUCUCACACUGCGGUUGCUGCCAUGCAGCUGGUUUCGGUGUGUUACCAUGCAAAACUGUCUCUGCUCCCUCCUUCCUAUGCGUCCACCUUGGAUACCUUGCCUAAGAACAAUCAGGAGCAGCAUCUGACAGAUCUGGUUAUUCCGUUGAAGCGACAUCUGGCCACGGAGAUGGGUCACCUUAAAGGCAAUCUGAAGACUUGGAUCACAGAUAUUAUGGAUAGGAGAAUUGCAGGGAUAUUGGUGCAUCUGCUGAAAGAGCUCCAUCCUUCUCUGCAAUCCACUUCUCAAAUGCAGGUCAUCCAAUCACACACAAAUCGCUCACAGCCACUUGUCGUGCACGAGGGUCUAUCUCAGAUGCUGUUGUCUAUCCUUCCCAGUUCUCAGCCACUUCGAUGGACCAUUCCUGAGCAGGCAGAGCUCGUGCAGUCAUCAUUGGGAUCGAAACAUGUCUUGGCUAUUCUACUGACUGGCAGUGGAAAGAGUCUCGCAUUUUUUGGUGCUGUGAUGCAGUCUCCUGACCAUCUGUAUAUUGUCAUCAGUCCUCUCGUCGCCCUCAUCAAUGACCUCAAGCAUCGGCUGGGACAGACCCGUUUAGCAGGAGACCUUUGGAAUGCUCACCUGGAUGGCUCUCGGAUGCAGAUUGUGCUGGUAUCCAUCGACGUGGCAGUCAGGAAUGAUUUUUCGGUCUGGGCAGAGUCAUACAAGUAUCGACUGAAGCAAAUAUUCGUGGAUGAAGGCCACCUUCUGUAUGCCCACCAAAAGUUCCAUCAAUGCAUGGAUCUUCUCUCGAACCUGAUGUGCCUGUGCAAACCUAUCACCAUCCUCUCUGCGACUAUUUUUCCGCAAUCGGAAAGCCUCAUUUGUGAAAGGUUAGGCAUCAACCUCACUCAUGUUCACGUCAUUCGCGUGUGCAUAGAACGCACAAACGUAUGCUACCGGGUAAGAUAUGUGAAGCCCGUACUUCCACCAGCAGAACUGCAGACAGAUUCUUUCCAACCCGAUCUGAACAUGGUUGCAGAACUGAUGUGCAUCUGCAACACUCAUUCUCUGGACGAGAAGUCUCACGGCCUAAUUUAUUUUACCUCUAUCGCGAAGCUCAAGGCCUUUGCUGCUAAGCUUGGUCUUGCAUCCUACCAUGCAGAGAUGGUUCAAGGUGAUCCAGUGGUGAACAAUGUGCUAAAAGCUGACGUUGUGGAUGCGUGGUGCAAGGGCAAAGAACCUGGGCACCGCUGGCUGUGUUGCACUCAGGCAUUUGGAGCGGGAGUGGAUUUUCUGCAUGUCAGGGUGGUGGUACAUGUUGAUCCACACGCUGCCAUGUUCUACCUGCAAGAAAGUUGA